AUGAUCGUUUACUCGUUUCAAUCAAACCCUCAACAAUUGUUGAACAUGACGGGUAUUCGAGCUAAUGAGUCCUCGGUGACAACCACACUAUUAUCUGGAAUCAAAGAGAUUGGUGACUUUAAAACCUAUUAUUAUCGAAACGAGUUGACCCUUUCUUAUUCAUUCACCUUCGUUGAAGACACCGAUGACGAUCCAUAUGCUGAUUAUUAUUACUACAUUGUUAUCAGUGCUUACAAUGAUACUAACACUCCAGCAUUUGAUCAAUGUCAAAAUGUUGGUGCUUUUGACAUGAGUAAGACGAGCAUAAUUGACUUCUCGGCACAAGAUGUGAAUUCAACUUUUGGUUAUCACAAGAAUUCCAAUUGUAAAUGGGUUUUUGAAAACCCGCCUUUUAACCAUCAACUGAUGAUCAGUUUUUAUCAUUUUGUCACUGAGAAAUGUUGUGAUGUGAUCACGGUUGGAGGAGCCAAUUUGGCGUUUCCAUCACACAGCGGAUCUGACAUUCCUUGGCUAGUUUAUGGAGUAAGUAAUCGCAUGGAAGUUGUCUUCCAAAGUGAUUCCCUGGAAGAGUACACUUAUAUGGUUGGACAAGCAAGAGCCAUCAAUUGCACCUGUCCUCAAUCGUCAAUCACUUUGACCGUCAAUCAAACCGCAAGUAUCUCUUAUGGUUGGGUUGCGAAGUUCCCAUUUUGCUCACCAAUGGCUUGUAACUCAACAAUUACCUUCGACCGAGAUUCUAUUCUACAGUUUGAUGUCCAAUACUCGGCGUCAAUGAACAGUAAUUUGGUUGUUACGGAUUCCACAAAGGAUAGAUUCAUCACCGGUUCUUUAUCAGAUACAACAAGUCAUGACUGGUUACAAGUUUCAUUCUCGAACUCGCUCGUCACCGAUCUCUACAAAAUGUGGGACAGCACAGGAUACUCAGUCUCUGUAAAAGCACUUCCACUGAAAAUCCAACAAAUUGAUAUCGAUCUAUGCAGCCAAGAGUUUAUUGUUUUGAUGGGAGAAACUCUUACCUAUAAAUAUGAUACAGCUAUUUAUCGACUUGAUGGAUCAAAUUGUACUGGUUCACAAAUCACAAGUACUUUUCUAUCAAUGAGUGAUGGCUACUUGUUGGAUGUCUACGAUGGUGAACUAGCGAAUGGAGCCUUGGCUAUGACAAGCUUUAACGGACCAGCAAAUUUCACGUUUACUUCAAACUUUGCCACCAUUCGACUCAUCAAAACGAAUGAUCUCUAUCGACCGGGAUUCCGAGUUAUUGUUGCGGCAAACCCCCAAAUCUCUGUUUACUCACCUACAAAUGAUUGUUCAAAACAAAAUCUGUUCUCUGUACCACUGAUUGGAAAUGGAAAUGAUAUCAAAAUCUUGUAUCGAGGAACAACUCCAUUCCCUGGAGACUAUUUGGGGCUCUACGGGAUGGAUUUAGUCUUUCCGAGUGCUGCGCUUCCAAUUGAAAUCUAUCAGGGCACAACUCUGGACAACAAUAAUAAGAUUUAUGGUGGCGAUUCACUCUGUGAUCCAAUUACGACAAAAUCUGCGCUGCCGAGUUUCAUUUUUGGAGAAUUUGUCGUGAUUAAACUUGUUUCAAAAGUUGUCGAUCCGUCGGCGAGCGUGUUCUUCCGAUGCCAACAGCAAGUUGAUGCAAAUUUGACUCUGGCGAUGAAUUCUCCUGUUCCCGGGCUUUUGAUAGCUCCCCAAUACACGGAUAUCGAUUACUCGCCAGAUCCACAAACCUAUUCGUUUAUUAUUCAAUAUUUAGAUGUGAAAGAUUUUCAAGGAAUUGCUCUCACAUUUCUGAAUCCCAUUCCUGGCGACUCGAAUCUAACAAUCAGUUACACAGAGAAUGGGAAUUUGACAACACAAAGAUUAAUAAAUGAGAGUACUGUUUGUUACGUGGAGAUUCCUACUUGGGCUGUUUCUUUGAGUUAUCAAUGGUUUUGCAGGACGAGUCCCUUUGAAUUGGUUAACAAUUGUCAAAGGCCUUUGUUGAUUAAAUUUGAACCAAUCUUUUCACCAACAACUCAGCAAAGCAAGGUAGCAAACGACUGGAGACAAAUUUUGCUUCUCGCACUCGUCGUUUCUUAUUUUUCGUGUGAU